GACCAAAUAUUGAAAACAAAAGAUAAUGUUGUCGCUACUCUCUAUUGUCUUCACUUUUCUUGCUCUUAGUCUCAUCCCUUGUCUCUUCAUCUCUAGGCGUCAAAGUAUUCCCCUCUCCUUGAAAAAUAUCCUCAGGUUCAUCAAAACUGGAGCUACUCAAUACAAUGACGAAGGAGAGAGUUGUAGUGGAACAAUUGAAGAGACAGAGAAACGAGGGAGAAUACCAAACCAUGUGGCGAUUAUAUUGGACGGAAACAGACGUUGGGCGAAGAUACGAGGGCUGGAAGUGUCAGAAGGUCACGAAGCAGGAGGGAGAAGAGUAGUGGAGAAUUCCAAGAAAUGGUUCGCUAUGGGUGUAAAGACUGUCUCGCUCUUUGCCUUCUCCACUGAAAACUGGGGAAGACCCGAGGAUGAAGUUAACUUCUUGAUGGCCAUGUUUGAGAAAAACUUCAAGUCUGAGAUGCCUUAUUACCAAAGAUAUAAAAUCAAGAUAUCUGUUAUCGGGAAAAGAACGAAUAUCCCCGAGUCGCUUUUAGGUUUGAUACGAGAGGUAGAAGAAGCUACAAAAAGCUACAAAGAGAAGCAUCUCGUUAUGGCGAUAGACUAUAGUGGAAGAUUUGAUAUCUUACAAGCCUGCAAAAGUCUUUCUGAGAAAGCGAAAAACGGGCUGAUCCAAGUGGAGGACAUUGAUGAAAAGCUGAUGGACAAGGAGUUGAUGACAAGCUGUAGUGAUUUCCCAAACCCUGACCUACUGAUCAGAACGAGCGGAGAGAAAAGGAUCAGUAACUUCUUCCUAUGGCAAUCAGCUUACACUGAGCUCUACUUUCCUAAUGUUCUAUGGCCUGACUUUGGCGAGGCUGAGUAUCUCAAGGCCUUGACUUGGUUUCAGCAGAGGCAGAGGCGAUUCGGUCGAGGAGUUUAAACUUUGAACUUCACGUCUUAAAGAAAAGAGCGAGCCCAGGCUUAGCAAGAUUCUCACAAAUAAAUUGUUCAAUUACUGAAUAUGCAUGUGUGCGUUUGUUUUUACGUUUGUUAGUUCAAAAUGCUACGUUAGUUUUUAUUGUUUUUAUUCGAACAUCAUUUAGAAACUGAAAAUUGUGAGUUUGUAGCUUUUAAAUGUUAUUUUAUAAUUAAAACCGUGUUUUUUGUCGCUAAUUAAAA